UUGUUGUAAUCUUUUGGUUUGAUUUCAAUUUGAAUUGAUGCAUGGAAUAUGUUGUUCAGAAGAUUAAGCAAAGGCUACUUACUUUUCGGGGUAGGUUAUGAAUUUCACUUGUAUUCUUGUAUAAGAUAAUGAAUGGUAUUCUAUUCUUUUACUGCCAUACCAAUAAAGUCUUGCUUUGUCAAUAAUUAUUAGAUGCAAAAGGUAGUUGAAAACGUCCUUGGACCAUGGGAAAAUCCUUUUAAUUCUUACAUACAGAGAAAUAAGUUUGCUAGAAUCCGUAUGUAAUCAAUAGCACGUCUUUAAGAUGGAAAAGCAAGAAAAAUGAACACAGUAGUCUUCAUUCAACCCAUCUAUUAUUUGUAACAUUUGUUACCUUUCUCCUUUUAAUUCAUAUAACAUUCCGUCUAAUUUGAAUAUGGUUGCAAUGUAGUGGAGCUUCUAUUUUGCUCUCCAAACCGCCCACUUGUGGACAUUUCAGUGAUAUUUCUAUUUCUGAUGGCCAUUGGGACUAUUGUCUGUGUGUCUCUUUGGUCGGAGUUUAUUGCUUCUGAGCAAGGUCAUGAGAGUUAUGAUCAGCUGACACCAAAGGUCUCUUCUUCUGCUGAGACUAAGGAGGUUUUUGAUAUAAAUGCCAGGGCUGCUGUGGUAUUUGUCAUUGUAGCAUCAGUCUUUCUGAUGCUACUGUAGUCGGCGUGGUUCAUUUGGCUGCUGAUCGUACUAUUUUGCAUUAGUGGAACUGAGUUACUGAGGGAAUGCACGCUUGCCUAGUUACAGUGAUCUUAAGGAUAUUCAAGAAUUCUGGGACUGAGAAAGUAAACCUUCCUUGUCUUGGGGAGAUAACAGUUCUUUCUAUGGGGGUGUUUCCGUUCUGUCUAGCAUUUGCCAUCUUUUGGGCUGCCAAUCAGCAUGUAUCAUAUGCAUGGGUUGCCAAGAUGUUCUUGUCUCAUCCUUACCUAUAUUGGGUUAUACUUGAUGGAUGGGCAUGGUCAACCUGCACUCCUGUAUCUUGUUCCUUGUACUUUGGGGCUUAUAAAUUAUAUUAGGCUGGCUUAGAGGUGAGCUGAAACACCUCUGGAACUAUGGGUCCUCUGCAUCAAUAAACCUAGAGAUCCUUUAGGCGAAGCCUGAGCAUAUUAAGGUUAAUUGUAUCUUAUCUCCUGAAAAGCUAAGAAAUCUCGAAAAUCUGUAUGUAAUUGAAUUCUUCUUGUUGAUUUCUUCUAUAUCUGAAUUGGGUUAUUUCCAAGCUUCAUCACAAGUAAAUCAAAUCAACUAGACGAUCCA